CAGGAGAGCCACAUGGGGCGCUGUUGUCACAAUAAAGUGGUUAUUUAGCUUUUAAAGUGAUUUUAUUAUUUUUAAAAUUAAAUUAACGCUAUGGUCUUGAUUAAGUGGAAGGAUGGAUAAAUACAGGGAACCUGUAAUAACAGACUGUGAAGAGAUACUUGGACGUUUUCAUGCGACAGAGUCUGUUCGGUUCGAGCAGUUUUUAGCGAUCUGGAAAGACAUGGAUUUCAGCAGCAUCUUCCACGGCAACCCAGAGCCGAAAGAGAGAAGGGACUUCGCACGUUUGGUCCUGUCUGUGGUGUCUCCAUACCUCUUUUCUCCGUACACCUUCCAGAUCAGAGUGGGGGGCCUUUAUCUUCUCUACGGGCUCUUUAACACACAGCUCUGCACUCCUAGAGAAAAGAUCCGCAUCGCUCUAAAGGAUUGGCAGGAUGUUAUGCAGCUCCAGCAGGAUGCAGUGAAUGCUCAACAUUAUGAUGUGGUUUAUAUCCUCAAAAAACUCCUGUCAGAUAAAGCUUUACACUUCACGGCCAUGCCAACACCGCUCUUUUUUAGGAUGAAGAAGGAAGAUGGAAGGGGGAGGAAAUUCUGUGAAGAGUUUUUUGAUCCACCAUCACGAACUCAGGAUCUCAUAACCACAGACAUGAUAGAGGAACUUGCCAAUGUCCACGACCAUUAUGAAAAUCUGAAGAAAGCCGUUUUCACUGAACCAGACCCAAAUCUCAACCUUGUCCAACAAAACCCAGUUCCCAAAAUUAAAUGUGCCUUGCUCACCCAAUCCAACUGGCAGAAGAAUCAUGCAGAAUUUGAGCAGGAGGAUGCUGGAGAGGGACCUUCAAAUCAAGAAUGUUCCCGUAGAGCCCAGCUGUUAGCGUCAAUCAAAUCCAAAUCGUAUGGACAGGUUAUGGAGGCUUCCAAGUCCCGACGUCACAGACAAGCACAGUUGGUCUCAGCAGCUGAUGCAGACCAUACACAAAAAACAUCACCAAAAAAUAAUAAAAUACAAUCACUUAAAAAGCGUACCCAAAUACGCUUGAAGAUUCAAGAAAACAAGAGUGUGGGGUUGACAAAUGCGACACGGCUGUGGUGUUUGAGUGCAGUGAAAGAAGAGAGUGCCGCAGGGAAAAAGAAAACAUUCAACUGGAACGCUAAGAAAGAGAGUGACGCCAUGUAGCAUAAAACAUCACACACUGGUCAAGCCAUGAUUGGUGGGCUGCCAAUCGUUUCUGAGAUGUUGGUGUGAUUAUUGCCUAGAUCUACAGUUCAGGCAUUUAUUUAAUUUGUUUUUUGUAAUUUAAUGCAUAACCUCAGGUUUACUACUAUUGAGUGAAUGUGAGUACUUGUUAUUAGUUCAAUAAGCUGUUACUGCACAUUUUUAACACAUCUAUGACAUGUUAUUAAGGAUGCUGUUUCUAAUAUUUUAAUGAAUGUUUGGCAUUAAAACAUUAUAGAGUUGAAGUCAGAACUUUACAUAGACUUGGGUUUAAGUCAUUAAAACUUCCAUUCCACAGAUUUAAUAUUAGCAAACUAUAAUUUUGGCUAGUCAUUUAGGACAUCUACUUUGUGCAUGAAACAAGUAAUUUUUCCAACUAUUGUUUAAAGACCGAUUGUUUUAAUUGACAAUUAUCACAAUUCUAUUGGGUCAGAAAUUUACAUACACCAAGUUAACUGUGCCUUUUAGCAGCUUAGAAAAUUCCAGAAAAUUGUGUCAAGCCUUUAGACAAUUAGCUUCUGAUAAGAGGUGUACUGAAUUGGAGGUGUACCUGUGGAUGUAUUUUAAAGCCUACAUUCAAACUCGGUGCCUCUUUGCUUGACAUCAUGGGAACAUCAAAAGAAAACAGCCAAGACCUCAGAAAAAUAUUUUUUGAGGACCUCUACAAGUCUGGUUCAUCCUUUGGAGCAAUUUCCAAAUGGCUGAAGGUACCGCGUUCAUCUGUACAAACAAUCGUACGCAAGUAUAAACACCAUGGGACCACACAGCCAUCAUACUGCUCAGGAACAAGACACAUUCUGUCUUCUAGAGAUGAACUUAGUUUGGUGCGAUAAGUCCAAGAACAACAGCAAAGGACCUUGUGAAGAUGCUGGAGGAAACAGGUGAACAAGUAUCUAUAUCCACAGUAAAACAAGUCCUGUAUGAACAUAACCUGAAAAGUUGUUCAGCAAGGAAGAAGCCACUGCUCCAAAACUGCUAUAAAAAAAGACAGACUACAGUUUGCAAGUGCACAAGGGGACAAAGAUCUUACUUUUUGGAGAAACCUCCUCUGGUCUAACAAAACAAAUAAUGAACUGUUUGGUCAUAAUUACCAUUAUGUUUGGAGGAAAUAGGGUGAGGCUUUCAAGCUGAAAAACACCAUCCCAACUGUGAAGCAUGGGUGUGGCAACUUCAUGUUGUGAGGGUGCUUUGCUGCAGGAGCGACUGGUGCACUUCACAAAAUAGAUGCAAUCAUGAGGAAGGAAAAUUAUGUGGAUAUAUUGAAGCAACAUCUCAAGACAUUAGCCAGGAAGUUAAAUAUUGGUAGCAAAUGGGUCUUCCAAAUGGACAAUGACCACAAUCGUACCUCCAAAGUUGUGGUAAAAUGGCUUAUUAUCAAAAUGUAUGUAAACUUCUGACCCUCAGGGAAUGUGAUGAAGGGAAUAAAAGCUGAAAUAAAUAAUUCUCUACUAUUAUUCUGACAUUUCACAUUCUUAAAAUGAAGUAAUGAUUCAAACUGAUGCUAACAGGGAAUGUUUUCUACGAUUAAAUGUCAGGAAUUGUGAAAAACUGAGUUUAAAUGUAUUUGGCUAAGGUGUAUGUAAACUUCUGACUUCAGCUGUAUAGAUAGCAAGAUAGUUAAUGUUAUUUAACUUUCAUUUUAGAUUUUUUUUCACAAUUGCAACAAAUAAAAAUGCAGUCUUUGUAAGCUGCAUAAUACAAAAUGUUUUUUAUAUUGGAUUCCCACAGUCAUAGAAAACCUGGAAAUAUCAGCAACUUUUACAAUUGUGAAUUUAAGUGUUAUCUCUUUAAACUAUCUGUCUGUCUGUCUGUCUGUCUGUCUGUCUAUCUCUCUCUCUCUCUCUCUCUCUCUCUCUCUCUCUCUCUCUAUCUAUCUAUAUAUAUAUAUAUAUAUAUAUAUAUAUAUAUAUAUAUAUUAUACAUACAUACAGUCACCGGCCACUUUAUUAGGUAUACCUGUACAUCUACUUAUUCAUGCGAUUAUCUAAUCAGCCAAUCGUGUGGCAGCAGUGUAAUGUAUAAAAUCAAGAAGAUAUGGGUCAGGAGCUUAGUCAAUGUUCACAUCAACCAUCAAAAUGGGGAAAAAUGUGAUCUCUGUGAUUUUGACUGCGAUAUGAUUGUUGGUGCCAGACUAGCUGGUUUGAGUAUUUCUAUAACUGCUGAUCUCCUGUAAUUUUCACGCACAGCAGUCUCUAGAUUGUAAAAGAAUGGUGCACGAUUUACAACAGUGGUAUGCAGAAAAAAAAUUCUGAAUGUACAACACGUCAAACAUCGAGGCGGACAGGCUACAGCAGCAGAAGAUCCCUGCAAUACUGUCAGCUUAGAACAGGAAACUGAGGCUGCAGUGGGCACGAGCUCACCAAAACUGGAAGGUAGACGAUUGGAAAUACAUCACCUGGUUUGACCAAUCUGGAUUUCUGCUGAAGUACAUUAAUGGUAGUCCCACUGCAGCCUCGGUUUUGUGUUCUUGGCUGACAGAAAUGGAAUCCAACGUAGUCUUCUGCUGUUGUAGCCCAUUCGCCUCAAUGUGCAUUGUGAGAUGCUAUUCUGCUCACUAAAAUUGUACAGCGGGGUUAUCUGAGUUACCGUAGCCUUUCUGUCAGCUCGAACCAGUCUGGCCAUUCUCCGCUGACCUCUCUCAUCAACAAGGGGUUUUUGUCCACAGAACUUCUGCUCACUGGUUGUUUUUGGUUUUUCGCACCAUUCUCUAUACACUCCCAGGUUACAGAAAUUCUCAAACCAGCCCGUCUGGCACCAACAAUUAUGCCACGGUCUAAAUCACUGAGAUCAAAUUUUUUCUCUCCCUCUAUUCUGUUGGUUGAUGUGAACAUUAACUUUCUGACAUUAAGUUCCUGACCCAUAUCUGCAUGAUUUUAUACAUUACACCACAUGAAUAAGUAGAUGAACAGGUAUGUGUGUGAAAUAUAUAUAUAUAUAUCACACACACACACACACACACACACACAGCAUCCCUGUGUAAGGGCUUUCCUGGCCAUUUCUUUUUUUAUUGUACAGUUUUUUUUUUCAAGUUUUUUCUUGAUUUAUUUAUUUUUAAUAGCUUGUGAAAAAGAUUAAUUUUUGUAAAGUGUUCCAAAUUGUUGAAAGUGAUGUUAUGAUUAUAUUAUAAUUGAAAAUGUCUCUUUGGCCUGUUGUGUUUUUUUAUUUUUAUUAUUUCAACCAUGCAAUCCACUUUGUGUUGCAUUUGUGCCAGCUAAUACAACACACAGAAAGAGAGAGAUUGGGAUUUAUAUGCCUGUGGUCCAUUUCGUUGUAACCUGAAGGUUUUAAUGAUGCACUCAUUCGGCUGCCAGUUUUAAUCAAUAUCCUUUAUCGCUUCCACUCUCAACAUCUCUCUCUCGCUCAUUGGUGCCAUGAACAGAAAUGUUGGGUCGUCUGAUAAUUUAGAGCUGCAAAUUAGUCCGGAUUGGUAUAGUUCACACCUAAAAGGCUGUAGCUUUUAAACAGAGCUGAAUAGAUAUAAAUGAGCUGAGGACAAAAGAUGCAGUGGAGAGUUAGUGUCUCCAUGCUAAUUAUUUGUUUACUUGAUUUGUGCCAUUUAAUUGCUCUAUUUUUUUAUUUUUUUAGAUUUGUGGAACAUUAUGACAUAGUGCAAUUGGAUUAUUGACAAAUAAGUUUGUGUAGGUCAGGUGAUAACAAUUAGAAACUUAAAUAAAUCUAGUUUAAAACAGUUUGUAGACAUGCAAUCUUUGGAUCCAUGGUAGUUUCAUAAAUUUUUGAAGAAAAAAUUAAAUAAAAUGUUGUGUUGUAACCAAGUGAAGGGUAUUUAAAAUACUUGCUCCUUGAGGACGCUUGAUUGUAUAUUAAGUACAAAUUCAAACAUAAUUUUCAAAGUACAAAAUGUUUUGAACAUGAAUUUUAGUGACGAUUCACCAAUAUCUAGAGGUUUAGAUAAGGUUACUCCAUGUGACCUUAUUUGCCAUUUUAUAAAUAUGUAAAAAAUAAUUUAUAUUUUUCAACACAGAGUCAGGAGGGUCUAAUGUUCUUCUACGUUUUUGUCAUGUAACUCCACCUGACUUUGGUGGACAACAUUUAUCAAAUAUGAAGAAUUUUUAAAACAAAAUUGUUUUCACUGCUUAUAUAUUUAUUUAUUUUUCAGAAAUAAUAAAAAUUACUCCGAACUGCGUUAAUUUAAUAUUUAAUGACACUUUUUAAUUUAUUUAUUUUGACUGUCUCCGUGCGGUAAACCACUUAGACAUGUCUGACUAUUAGCCCCAGCAAAAAUGUACAACUAUUUGUAAUUGUUGACGAUUUUGCAUUAUUAAAGUAUUUCUGUAUA